AUGCAAUCCAAGAAGCCACGUCUCCCUUUCUCUUCCAUGAAGCCAGCUUUUGCACCUUCCGGAGAUUAUCACCGAUUCUCCCCCGACCACCACCCCCCUCCUCAAAACGACGCGGACAGCAUUGUCGUUAAUCCGCUUAAAUUCAAGCGGAAGAGUGACACAGCUGAUUAUGGUGAUAGAAUGACUCCUGCCUCCACUGAAGCAGCUAAUAGUCCUUUGCAGACGAGGAAGUCAAGCAAAGCCUCCAGACUUACAAAAUGCAACGGAUCUGAACCUCAAAUUCCAGGCUCAAAUAUGGGGUCUCCUUCAGGAAAUAAUCUCUCUCCUGCUGGUCCAAGUCGUUAUGACACCUCUUUAGGUAUGUUGACAAAGAGGUUCAUCAAUUUGAUCAAGCUAGCAAAGGAUGGUAUUCUUGAUUUGAGAAAAGCUGCUGAUAUAUUAGAGGUACAAAAGAGGAGGAUAUAUGAUAUAACAAAUGUUCUUCAAGGGAUUGGCCUUAUAGAAAAGAACAGCAAAAACAUAGUUCAAUGGAAGGACCUGGAUAUUUCAAGACCAGAGGAAGCUGAUGAUAGUAUUGCGAGUUUCCAGGCGGAAGUUGAAAAUCUUACGAUGGAGGAGAGCCAGUUAGAUGAACAAAUAAGAGAGAUGGAAGAAAGACUAAGGGGUCUUAGGGAAGAUGAAAACAGUCAAAAGUAUCUUUUUGUGACUGAGGAAGAUAUAAAGAGCUUGCCCUGCUUUCAGAAUGAAACCUUGAUAGCAAUUAAAUCUCCACAUUGCACCACUUUGGAGGUCCCUGAUCCUGAUGAGGCUGUUGAUUAUCCCCAGAGGAGAUACAGGAUGGUCCUGAGAAGCACUAUGGGCCCAAUAGAUGUUCACCUUCUUAGUCAAUUUGCAGAAAAGUUUGAGGAGAUUAAAGGUGUUGACGUGACACCUAAUCUUCCAUCCAGUCCAGAGUUUAAUAGGCAUGGAUCAACUGUGGUCUCAGAGGAUAGAGGGAAGGACCUAGAAAUACAGGAAGAUGUUCAUAGGCCUAGUUCAGAUUUUCCUACUUCGCCGGACUUUGUGAGUGGGAUCAUGAAGAUUGUUCCUUCAGAUUUUGAUAGCAAUACUGAUUACUGGCUUUUAUCUGAUGCUGAUGUUAACAUAUCAGACAUGUGGAGAACGGAACCCGAAGUUGAAUGGAAUGAUCUGGAUACAAUUCACGAAGAUUAUUGUCUGACUCAUGUGAGCCCACCACCAACCCAAACUCCUUCGAACGCAAGUGAAGUGCCUUCAGCAUCUAACCUUGCUGGAGAUUGA